CGUUGAGAUGAUCUGAAGAAAGAGUGCAAGUUCUUUUCUGACAGUUUAUUUUUCAUUGUUCUAAGGCAGUCCUCAAGAAAGAGUUCUAGCCCGUCUUUUCAAUAAUUUAGCGGGUUUGCGGAGAAAUGGAGCAUGUGAAUUCAACUUCAAGCAGGAAUGAGGAAUCGAGUUCUGCCGAUCUGCAGGCGACGUUUGACAUCGAAAGGAAAUCUUGUGAUGUGCGACUCUCCUCCCAGUCGAUAACGUGGUGGGAGGCAUCCUCCACACUUGGAAUGCAUCACCAACUCCACAACCACCAAUGCAUCCAGCUGAAUCGCAUCGUUGGGGUUCGUCUGAAGGGACCAGAGAAGCCUUCUUCACCUGAUGGAAACCACAUGAUGACCCUGUCUCAAAUGGGUCAACUCUUUCAGGUCUUUACACCAUCAACCCAUCACCCUUUAUUCAGCUUUACAGUGUAUGUCGGUAGGAACAGUCGACAAACGAAGUGGAAAGUCCAAGCUGUCACAUUUUCUUCGCAUGAUCAAGAGCUCUGUAUGAUGUGGGUUGAUAGAAUAAAGACAGCUCUACAACAAGGUCAUGGCAGACCAAAGAGAUUACAUGUGAUAGUGAAUCCAUACGGGGGUAAAGGAAAAGGACAGUCAGUCUACGACAUUAAGGUAGCGCCUCUAUUCCACCUAGCAGAUAUUGAGACCAGUAUGACAAUCACAGAAGGCCCUGAUCAUGCAAAGUCACUCAUGCAGAUGAUGGACCUCACUGGAAUUGAUGGUAUUGUAUCUGUUGGUGGAGAUGGUACCUUUGCUGAUAUUGUGAAUGGAUUACUAAUAAGAACCCAGCAAGAGGAAGGUAUAGACCCUAACAACCCAGCAUCUGUACCGGUACCUCUAGGCCUCAGAGUAGGCAUUAUACCAGCAGGUUCCACAGAUGUAAUGGCCUAUGAUACCACUGGAGUGAAUGACCCUGUCACAUCUGCAAUACAAAUCAUUUUAGGUAUGGGAAUACAAAUUUUGAUUAUAUUUUGGCAGUUUGAACUUGUGAUUCAAUCAGCAAGAACAUGCUGUAUUUAUUUUGGCUUCAUGUUGAACUCUUUUUAAGUGCUUUUUAUGUUUUUCUUUGCGGAAAUAGAUCUGGCUUGAGCAAAACUUGUUUGCAUUUUUAUUUACUUCCUUGUUCGACACAAAUAUAUGUUUUUGCCAGAUAGAUGGCAGUCUGUG